CCUAAAUAAAAAAAUCGUUUUUAUCUACUUUAGAGACGUUAAUGAGCUCUUACCUUUGCUCGUUCUUUAUUUUAAACACCAAUUACCUAAAUCUUCUAAAUUCAAUUUUUUAUCGUUUAGGUUGAUAGAAUGUUCGAUUUGGGAUUUGAGGCCCAAGUAAAAUCAAUAUCAGAUCAUAUCCGUCCAGAUAAACAAUGUUUAGUCUUCAGUGCAACAUGUAAACCAAAAAUUGAAAAAUUAAUAAUGCACGUCUUGUAUAAUCCAAUAAAAAUUCUGUGUGGAGAUAUUGGUGAAAAUACUUGUGUUCAACAACAAAUAAUUGUUUUGUAUAAUCAAGAAAUGAAAUAUGAAUGGCUUUUUAGAAAUAUUGUUAAUUUUAUUACAAUACUCAUUUUUGUGACAAAGAAAGCAGAUGCUGAAGAUGUUUCAAAGAAAUUAGCUUUGAGAGAUUUGGAAACGGUUUUAUUGCAUGGGGAUAUGCAUCAACAGGAAAGAAAUGAAAGAAUAACCUCGUUCCGAACAAAUAAAUCUGUUUUAGUUGCAACGGAUGUAGCAGCAAGAGGAUUGGAUAUCCCAGAAAUUCGAAAUGUAAUUAAUUUUGAUAUUGCUAGAGAUAUUGAUACACAUAUUCAUCGAAUUGGAAGGACUGGAAGAGCUGGUAAGAAGGGGGAAAAUGGGAAGGGGAGAGAGGAAGAGGGGUUGAAUAUCUUUAAUAAAAUUUGA